AUGGGAUUGCUUACAAUCCGGCUGCUCCUCUCACAGGUUAAAACCAAGCUAAAAGGUCAUCAAAAAAGCAUAACAGGCCUUGCCUUUUCUCAUGUUCUUAAUGUGCUUGUAUCGUCAGGCUCUGAUUCCCAGCAAUGUGAUGGUGGAGACGAGGAUGCUGGUGGUAAGACUGCUACUAUGGGUGAUUAG